CUUCUUAUUAACAGAUGUGAAUGUCGGUGUAUAUUAAAUCUCCAACCUCCGAUUCUCAAAGCUGCAGCGGCUUGGUUCUCGUUUACUGGAAGUUGCGCAGUUGGAGGCGGGGACUCUGCGUGUAUAAAACAGCUCAGCUGCGGAGAAACUCCAGCGAGCUGUAGGCGGAGAGGUUGCAACGUCGGCUCAAAUCAAUAUUCGAUUUAUAUUAAUCAAAGAGAUUUAAAAUGACCGCAGUUGACAGAGAAAAUUUGAAGCAAUGGGAAAGCUAUAUCAUCGGCAUUCUGCGGCCGAGUUACAUCCACGCGUUUCUCGUAGAUUUUCUACCGCAGGUUAAGGUUGAAGAGAUUUUAUCCCUGGAAGAAAAGUCUUGCACAACUUCUGCAGAACGCUUUUUUGAAUCCUUGAUUAAAUUGGAAGAAGCAGGAUGGUAUCGAGCAUUUUUAGAUCAACUUAGAGCUGUGGGUUACACUGGUCUGCUCAAUGCCAUGGAGACUUUUGAUUUUUCUGAAAUUGAAAAGCUGCGGGAAUAUAAAGACCUUUUGAAUCGCAUUUCUCCAACGAUUGUUUCUAACAUAAAACCGAAUGAAGUACUUAAUUCCAUGAAAUGCCUGCUACCCAGAGAAAAUGAAGAGAUUCGCAAGGUCUCUGAAUCCAAGGGCGAUACAGCAGGAGCAGAGAAGUUACUCGAUUGUUUGCAAAGAUCAGAUCAAUCACAAUUCUUCAAGGAGUUUCAGAUAGCUAUGGACACAUACAACUAUGAUGCAGUGACAAAUCUUUUAUCUUCAGAUGCAGAUGGUUUAUCUGAUUGCUCUGCAACCACAGAGUCUGUCAUGCAAUAUUCAGAGGAGCCAGAAGACAUGGAUACUAGCAGUGCACCAAUCAUCCAUACACCAAACAGCCAACAAAUUUCAAAUGACUUUAAACGUAUGGAAUUGAGAGCAUAUCAAGAGGAGCUUUCAGAAAGUGCAAUUGAUGGAGACAACACUAUUAUUUGUGCCCCUACAGGGUCUGGAAAGACUAUAGUUGCCCUCCACAUUGUUGAGCGUCACCUCAUGGACAGUGCUGACCAGAAUAAAAGGAAAGUUGGAUUCAUGGCCACAACGGUUCCUGUCUUUCAGCAGCAGUUGGAAUUGUUUAAGAACCACUUCGAGAUGACCAAGUUCAAAGUGUAUGGAAUAUGUGGCGACGUGGCAGGCAACUGUCCUGUGGAGAUGUUCGUCGAGAUGAACGAUAUCAUAAUCCUGACACCGCAGAUUCUGCUGAAUUUCCUCCAAGUUGGCUAUAUUUCUUCACUUUCCAUCUUCACCCUGCUAAUAUUUGACGAAUGCCACAAUACAACAAAAAAUCAUCCUUACAACGUUUUAAUGAGGAAAUAUCGGGAUCUCAAAUUGGGCCUGGUUGCAAGUGCAUUUCCACAGAUUGUCGGGCUGACGGCAUCAAUUGGAGUUGGCGAUGCUGGCUCUGUCAAAGAUGCAAUGAGUUAUAUUUUGCAAAUUUGUGCCAAUCUUGAUGCUGAAAACAUAUCAACUGUAAACAGGAAUGGGGAAGAACUAAAGAAACAUGUUUAUUCUGCAAUUAAAGAAACGAGGAAGGCUGCCGUGCGUACAAAGAAUCCGUUUGCAGACAUUAUCCGUCAGAUAAUGGUUCAAGUUGAGGACAUGGCCAAGAGUAUUUACAACAUCGAUGGUCUGUCGAACAUCAAGAAUCAAAAUCGUGGGUCUCAGAAGUACGAGCAGUGGAUCAUUGAAGUGCAGAAAAGGUGCAAAGUUCUCCAAAUGGCGGAUAUGGAGAAGGAGCGGAAGACUUGUCGGGCUCUUUUCACAUACACUGAGCACUUGCGGAAAUACAAUGAUGCUGUCAUUAUCAACGAUGAUGCACGUACCAAAGAUGCAGUAAAAUACCUGGGGUCUUUCUUCAAUAAUGUGAAGGGAGGUGGAUAUGAUGAGACAGAACAGAUACUUACAGCGUUAUUUGAAGCAAAGGAAGAGCAAAUACUAAGAAUUGAAGCUGACCCAACUAAUGAAAAUCCCAAGUUGACUGAAGUCAGGAAGAUUCUGACUGAGGAAUACCAGAAAAAUCCAAUGACCAAGACCAUCAUGUUUGUCAAAACCAGAGCUCUUGCUGAUGCAUUGAAAAAUUGGUUGAAAGAAUCGGAGAUGCUGUCAUUCUUACAACCUGCAUUGUUGUUGGGUCGAGCAAAGAGCACAGGAAUGACUUUACCCUCACAAAAAGAAGUGUUGACUUCCUUUAGAGAGGAUUCUGGAAACAAAAUCCUUGUGGCGACAUCUGUUGCUGAUGAGGGAAUUGACAUUGCAAAGUGUAACCUUGUACUGUUAUAUGAAUAUGUGGGAAAUGUUAUAAAAAUGAUCCAAACAAGAGGCCGUGGAAGAGCAGAAAACAGCAAGUGCAUCCUUAUUACCAGCAAGGAAGAUCAGAUAGACAAAGAAAUGGUCAAUUCUGCACAGGAAGCAAUGAUGUACAGAGCUAUAAAGGACUUGCAACAAUUGGGUCAGGCAACAUUUAUCACAAAGAAAAACACGAUUCAAGCAGAAGAUAAAAUGAUGGAAAUAAAGAAUAAUGAAAAUACUGAUAAGGCAGCUGAAAGCUAUAAGCUCCUUUGCGCAAAGUGCAAGAUGUAUGCAUGCUUGUCUGAUGACAUAAGAAAAAUUGAGCACGCACAUCACGUAGUUAUUGACAAAACAUUCUCGACCAGAUAUCAAACUCGACCUCACAGAAAUCCAGUGCAGAUUGGUUCUAUGCAGAAGAGAGAAAAAUUGCACUGUAAGGAUUGUAGCCAUGAUUGGGGAAUCACUGCAAAUUUCAACCCGUUUAAAGAUCUACCAGUAAUUAAAUGCGACAGCUUUGUUUUCCAUCAUGUCCGUAGUGGCAGCCCACAGAUUGUGAAGAAAUGGAAGGACGUCCCAUUUUCAAUCAAGACAUUUAAUAAUGCUGAAUUUCGUCAAGAAAUUGUAUAGGAAAAACAUCUCAUGUCAAUUUCCUUUUAGGAUGAUAUUCUUAAUUCAACAGAAUGUUGUAGACCUCAGAAGAGGAAUGAAGACAGUGAGAAGAAUUUAUCAAUAAAAUCUGUCAACAAGACAUUGGAAAUUUAAUUCAAAAUCUAAUCAUUAAUGGUCACUUUUAACUAUCGAUUUCCAAAUAAUCUGCAUAUUCAAAAUUUUCAAAGAUAUAUAAAUACAGGCACCUCACUUUUUAUGCAGGAUAUACGUGCUUGAAAAGUGGCGUGUAAUUAAAAAAAUGUGUAAAUUAAACAUGCGACUACACUGUCAGCAGCAAAUUUAAGCAUUUAAAUCAAGCUUUAUUAUUUAAGGACCAAAUGCAUUAUUUCAAAAACACAUAUAUCAGCCAUGUAAAAUGCAAAGUGCCUGUACUUUCUUUCAAUUUCAUCUAUAAGCUUGCAUUUCUCUCUGGAAUAAUGUACUGAUAAAUACAUCAGAACAUGGAGCACAAUAACUAAGAUAUCAUGCACUUUGUCAAAAUGUUGCUUUGGCAAUCAUACAGUUGUUGAUCAAUGGUAAAGCUGAUAUUUUAAUUCUGUUGACAAAUAAAUGUAGAUUACUAAUAAAUCUAGUAGAAAAUUUUAAAUACUUGUGAGUGGGCAAUACGUAGACAAUGGGGAGUGGUUGUCAAAUAGAUAUUUAAGAAAGUAGAUAAAUGCACACAAAUAAAUGGGUUGACGUGGGUUAAGUAAGGUCUGUGUGGAUCAUCGGCCAGUUUGGCAUCUUUAAGUUAUGUACAUUUUAUGAAUGUAUGAAUGCAAUGCUUUAAAAAAAAAUGCUUGAAGUUUUAGCAAUAUUUGGACAUUAGCCAUUUAGAGGUGUGUGUUGAAUUUACUCUGCUGCUUCACUGAAUUAAAAUGCACAACUGAUUUAAGUGACAAAUUACUAUGUUGUAACUAGAAAUAGUGGUUGUAGGCCAUGCACAAGAGAUGCUUACACUAGGGUACUGUAGUUUUUCAAUUAAAAAACCCAUUCAUGUCCUUUGAAGCAGUACACUCCAAACAAGGAAGGUGUAUUAAGAGUAGAGUGGUAUAUUUUUGAAAAAGAUAUUAGAAAAGCAUAAAAUAUCACCAGUGGACAAGAUAAAAGAAAAUUCUGAUGUACUUAAUUUAAACAUUAAGAGCAAGAUGGUAACCAGCAAAAUAGUUCAUUAGGGACCAAAGUUGCAUCUGUGUGAGAGGAGCCUGAAGGUGUAUGUGAGGUCUAAAAUGAAUUCUUCUCACUUGUACUAACAGGAUAUUGUGGCUGAAGACUUCACUGGGGGAGGGGGGACUAUGUAUAAACACAGCUGUAAUUUCAACAUGGUGAAACCAGAAUGUAUAAAAGUGACCUUUAUUAAAAUCUGACAAUGUGCACUUUAA